AUGUACAUGAUGAGGAAAAAUGAGAUGAGAAUGAAUGAGACGGUGCAAAAUGGGACAAGGCGGAAACGAGAAGGAAUAAACAGGACGGGACAUAACGAGGCCAAAAUUAUACCCGACAAGGCAGAACGAGACGGGAAGAAGGAGGAAAUGGGAUGGGGCAAUACGAGACGGGAAAAAACAGAACGAGGACUGAACGGACGAGACAAAACGGGACAUGACGGAAAGAAACGGAAAGAACGGGAUGAGACUGGACAAAACGGGAUGGAACAGUCUCAGACAUGA